AUGAAAUUCAUCGGAAUGAUGAAAAGUCUUUCACGAAAUAUAAAAUAUCGUCGUGAUAAAAAAGACGAAGAAGAUUCUGUCAAUCUUGUUGAUUCAUCCGAUGAUAACCCCAGAGAAUCUGCCAUGAUCAUCUCGCGAUUAACUCGACGAAUACCUUACUUAAUGAUCAUUCGUUACAUGAUCUUAAUUCCAUUAGUUAUGUAUUUCUUGAUCAUUUUGACUCCAGUUAAAACUCUUCAAGCAUUUAUUCCAACGGAAAUUCAAACAAGCAAAAACUUUCUUGUUGUUGUGGCUCAUCCUGAUGAUGAAUGUUUAUUUUUCAGUCCAACUAUUGUUGGAUUGGUAGCACGUGGAAAGAUUGGACAUAUUCUUGUUUUUUCGAAAGGAAAUAGUCUUGGAUUAGGACCGAUUCGAGAGAAAGAAUUAAAUGGAAGUUGUCAAAAAUUGAAUGUUGAUCUUUCACGAUGUUUCUCAUUGAAUUUAACUGAUUUACAAGAUGAUCCUCAUCGUUGGUGGCCGAAAGGAAACAUAUCUGAAAUCGUCGAACAAUUUGUUAAACGUUUCGAUAUUGAUCUAUUAAUUACAUUCGAUCGCGGUGGAAUAUCCGGACAUAUUAAUCAUAAAUCUGUUGCUCUUGGUAUUGAAUAUUAUCUUGAAAACUUUGAUCGAACACCAUUGGCUUAUCGUUUAUCAACUGUUGCAUCACUAUUUGAAUAUUCAUCUAUAAUAGAUCUACUUCGAACAUUAAUUAAAUUUCUACCGCGUUUAUUACGAAGCGUAUUUUCCACACUUUUACCAUUUUUAUUUUCUCCACCGAAUGACCAACGUGCACUAUUUGUAAGCUCACCGUUUGGAUAUUAUCAAGGUUUACAAGCAUUUCAUCAACAUCGAUCACAAAUGCUUUGGUAUCGACAUAUCUAUACAACAUUAAGUCGACAUAUGUUUAUUAAUGAUCUAACUAAAGUUCCAAGAAAAUGA